AAUUCGCAGUAGAUCCUAUCUUUGGAUCCCCCAAAUAUGCAGUGAAAAAACAACAAAAAAACACCCAACACUCUACCAUCGAUAGGCAGACGGCUCUGGAGUACCGAUAGCGCGCCGCAAGCAACCGUGUCGUGUGGAGGCGAGGCGGCGUUUUCGUUGUUGUGUCAAAACAAUAAGCAGAAUAUCAGCACAGCGCACCUAUUUGGCCACCGAAGAUAAAGGCAAAGCAAAGGAUUUACCCACAAGAAGCAGCACCGAAACCCAAGAUCCCUGAAAAGUGAAACAGGCAGCGGCAAUGAAAAUCACAGUGACCGCCAGCGAUGACAAGGUCUUCUGCCUGGACGUGGCUCAGGAUCUGGAGCUGGAGAAUCUCAAGGCCCUCUGCGCGAUGGAGAUCAGUGCGGAGGUGGCCCAAAUAGUGGUUAUAUUCAACGGGCGCGAGCUUUCCAACGACAAACAGACGUUGCAACAGUGCGGCGUUGGAGACGGCGACUUCAUCAUGCUGGAACGACGCAGGAGCGUCAAUCGCUCAGGUGGCGGGAAUCCAGUGAUUAGCACGCUUGACUUCAGCAACAUCGCAGUGCCUGGCACAAGUUCCGGCGGGAGCCCACCCUCGCGGAGUGCCCACCAGCAGGGAAUGCAGCAUACGCAGUUCAACAACCUCACAGACAUACCCAUGACCGAUGAGUUCAAUGUGAACUUCGAUGACGACCCGGCGGCGGUGCGCCAGAUGUUCCUGUCCAGGCCCGAUAUGCUGUCGUUGAUGCGGCAGAACAACCCACGAUUGGCGGAGGCCUUGGAUUCCGGCGACCAGGAGGCCUUCGCUCGACUGCUCCGCGAGUAUAUUACUGAGCGAAAGAGGCGCAAUGAGCUCCGCAUGCGCAUGCUGAACGCCGAUCCCUUCGAUGAGGAGACGCAACGUCUGAUUGCCGAGGAGAUCAAGCAGAAGAAUAUCCAGGAUAAUAUGGCGGCAGCCAUUGAAUACAAUCCGGAGAUCUUCGGCACGGUCACCAUGCUUUAUAUCAAUUGCAAGGUGAAUGGAUUUCCGGUGAAGGCAUUUGUGGACUCGGGCGCCCAAACGACAAUCAUGAGCAAGGACUGCGCCGAACGCUGCCACGUCAACCGGCUGAUCGACACGCGUUGGAAUGGCGUGGCCAAGGGCGUUGGCACACAGCCCAUUCUGGGCAGGAUUCACAUGGUCCAGCUGCAGAUUGAGAACGAUCAUUUAACGUCCAGCUUCACUGUGCUCGGCCAGCAACCCAUGGACAUGUUGCUGGGCCUGGACAUGCUGAAGCGACAUCAGUGCCUGAUUGACUUGCAGAGAAAUCUGCUGAUUAUCGGUACCACCGGGACGUCAACCCCGUUUCUACCGGAAAGCGAGCUGCCGGUCAGCGCCCGGCUCACAGGUAACUCGGAGGAAUCGAUGGAACAGGAGGCGAUUGCCAAUGCUAUUGAGCAGAGCAAGCGCGAGGGUGGUGGCGGCGGCGGAAGUGGCGCAGGCGGUGGGCCCAACACCAUUCAACCGCUGGACCGUUUCACCGAACAGGACGUAACCGAUCUCAUGGCCCUGGGCUAUCCACGCAGCGAUGUGCUCACCGUGCUGCGGCUGUGCGGCGGCAACAAGCAGGCGGCCAGCUCCGUGCUGCUCAAUCGCAACGCUGCCGCCUCGGGGGCCGAACUCAGCUGAACGCGGCUAGAUCCCCACCACACACCACCUCAAGCCGAACUCCCCAUAGCCAGAAACUGGAUUGCAAUAGGAUGAUGAACACACACAGGACCCUACUAACUGGAUGCCGUUCCAACAAAAUACUCCGAGCAAUACCAAAAAAAAUCACGCCACACAUUAAGUAAAGUAACAAACAUCAAGAGGAUAAGACACAACAAACAAGCAAUGAAAACAGAAACGAAAACCUUUCUAAUUUAGUGAAAUUUUUAUAAACUGAAGCCACUUUUUUAUACGGAUCGUUUGUUACGAUGUACAAUAGCUAAUUAGGGUGCAUUUCGAGCAGCGGAUCAUUUUUAAAGCAGAGCAUGGGUUGGUUUUUUCUAGAAAAUAUUGAGAGAAAGAAUAGUAGGCGAUUUAAUCUAAAAACUAAGACAAAAGUAACGUAUGUAUUGGAUGGAUCUGGAUGGUGAUGGAACCAAACCGCAUCAACGAAAAUAUUAACUGUAUUACAAUAAAUUACAAACAAAAUACGAAAAAAAGUACGCCUGACUAUUUAAAUAUAUUACAAUUAUACACAUGUAAACAUUAUAUACAAUUUGAACUAGUGUUAAGGCUCUGUCAAGUAAAACUGAAUUGGGUUCAAUAAAAGGUCGAAAGUAUUGUUUUGGAUUUAAAAAGAAUGAA